GAAAUGUCGACACAAGUAGUUAGUAUCCAUGAAAUGAAGUCAUUCAUCAUUCGUGCUAUGGUUGCAGCGGGUGGCAGGAGUGAUCAUGGUCAUAAAUUAGCUGAAUUACUUGUAACUGCUGAUCAUCGUGGACAUUUUAGUCAUGGACUCAAUAGACUAGAGCUCUAUGUAUAUGAAAUGAAGUCUAAGAUAACCAGACCUACUGGUGCGCCCAUAAUAUUGAACGAGAGCACAGCCACGGCAUGGGUGGACGGACACAAUUUGUUGGGUCCAGUGGUCGGUAUGUAUUGCAUGGAACUGGCCAUCAAAAAGGCUAAAGAAGCCGGUAUUGGAUUUGUUUGUGUCAAAGGGAGUAAUCACUAUGGUAUAGCCGGGUAUUAUAGUAUGAUGGCUUUGCAACAUAAAUUACUUGGGAUGUCAUUCACAAACGCCACACCUAUCGUAGUGCCCACUCGGGCCCAGAACCCAUCGAUCGGCACAAACCCCCUGUCAUUGGCGGCACCGGCUCUUAACGGCGACAGUUUUGUGCUGGACAUGGCUACCACUGCGGUGGCCAAGGGCAAAUUGGAAAUGGCUGACCGCAAAAAUAUGCCCUUUCCUGAGGGUUGGGCUAUUGAUAAAAGUGGACAGCCGCUCAAAACAAUGGAUGACUUUCACGCCCUGUUACCAUUAGGUGGUUAUAAAGGGUAUGGUCUAUCAAUGAUGGUAGAGAUAUUAUGUGGUAUAUUAAGUGGAGGUCUAUACGGGCCCACCAUCAAUGAACAUAAAACAACAUUCGACCCAAUGAACCUGAGUCACUGUUUUAUAGCCAUAAACCCGGAGUGUUUUGCACCGGGAUUUGCUGUGCGAAUGCAAGACCUUAUGGACUCGUGUCGCAGUCAAGUGCCAGCCAGUGGUCAGUCCAGUGUUAUGGUGGCCGGGGAUCCCGAGAGGGAACACAUGAAACUGUGUGACUCCUUGGGUGGUAUA